AUGCCUGACCCGGAUCCAAAACCACCUCAACUCCAACAGUUCCGCGAGUUAAAGAGCCUAGUUUCCCUCUAUGAGAAAGUGUUCGAAAAGCUGCUCCCCCCGGAUGCCAGUUUUGAGAGGAGGUCUGGCGAGAUUCGAACACGUAUCGACGAAACAUGGGCCCAACUGUCAACUGCUCGGCCUGAGGAUGUCCCUAAGUUUCAGGAAAAGAUUGUCGAGUUGAGCGGAAGUCUGAAAGAAAUCGAACUCGGCCACAAUAGACAAAAAGAGCGCUAUGAGGCUCGGCUAUGGAAGCAUUACAAUGCGCUACGCAAUAGCGUCAUGAAGGUUUUGGUGGCGCGGCCUGAAGCGACACCAGCAACUACUGCGAAGGAUGGAGAUCCUGUCAUUCGAAAACCAACAAAGAAAUUAUCCCUUUCAUCGAAGCCGUCGCUUUCUUCACCCGCCAAACCAUCUAGCUCUUCUCGAACUCCGGCAACUCCUUCAGUUACUCGUCCAGUGGGAAAACGAAAAAAUCCAUCGUCUAGUCUGCUUACACCCGAGCCAAAGCGUCACAAACCCGAAACGACCCCGCGCAGACAUCCCCGUGGCAGUCAUACCGAUCAACAAGACUAUCAAUGCAUCACUAGCCCAGAACCUGGCCAAGUGUACCUCGCCUUUUGGGAGAGUUCCAAACAAUGGGUUCCGAUUCUUCUCUUACCCAUGACAGACCUCGAGCGUGUCGGCGUCUCAGGCUCUCUAGACAGCCUCGACUUGGCUGAGAUACUCCCCAUUUGCUACGACCAAGACAGUCUCACUGGAGAGCGCACGUGGCGGGAUGGAUACAAAGAUGGCCAGACUCUUGUCACAGAGCGCGAAUUCCCCGUUAUCUACUUUGAGGGACGUGCGUUUCCGGAAAGGAGCCCUGUGGGAUGGGUUGCUGCUAAGGACCUACGCAAGUUUGAUGUCGACACUGCCGACAGUCAUCUUGUUCCGCAGAUUCGGAUGGUUCGAAAGUUUCUGAAGGAACGUGCUGCUAAUGUAUCUUGCGAUGGGGCAGAACAGACAAGUCACGAGAAAGAUGUUUCAGAUGACCAACCCCCGCAAGAAACUUCUACAGUCUUGAAUCAAGAUGAGCAGCCUCUCCAAGUUCCACCCGCUCCAGGAACAGUCGCAGCACCAGAGGCAUCGACGAAUGAUGCACAGACUGCAUCCGGUCCUACUCCAGAGUCUCAGCCAACGCCGCACACAUCUGCGACUGGCGAGAAGUCGAGGCCUGAUGCUACAACCGAAGCUCGGCCAAAAGAACAGUCACCAGGUGACACUCAGUCCAAGCCCACGGAAGCUCAGUCACUGCCAUGGCAAAAAACACCUUUGCGAACCGCUCUCCUUGUCAUGGCGGACUUGACACCUUCGCCUCGUGAGGCCACACCAGUCUCGGAAUCGGAGCGACCCCAGGAUACGCUCACAGCGAUGGAACUGGACCCAACGCCUCAGGCAUCAGCGGACAAUGCGAAGCCUGCGCCAGAAGCUGUCAUGGCACUUGACGAGCGGGCUCCGACAGACGAGUCACCUGGACGUACAAUCAAGGUCGAGCCCGACUUGGACAUCCCGCGCAACGUCGACGUUCUACGCGACAUAGAGAUCAUCUCAAUCGCGAGCACCGAACCUGAAGGUGAAGAAGAAGACGAUGGAGAGACUUUAAUUCCAGAGUCUACCGACGCCACACUUGAACCCCGGGGUCUUCCAGGUCCAUCAAAGCAGCCAGGUGCUGGCCGUGAUCGAGGCUCAACUCAGAUCCGAGCUGACACUCGCGAUCCCCCUCUUCCCCGGUCAAGCCCGCCGCCCAUUCAUUUCACGCCUUUGAACUCGUCGACCACUUCCACACCCUCAGGCACAUCUACUUCCGUGCCGAAAACGUUUGCUCAACCGUCAAUUCCCAGCUCAGAGGCUCAUCAUCGCGGGUCAACCAAUCUGUCAAAUUCAGACCAACAUCUACGCAACUAUGGCAUUAAACGGGUCUCAGAACCUACGGGUACUCAAUCAGCCAAUAGUCCUCGCCUCCAAACACCCACGUCAGAAGGGCAAACAGCAAGCAAGGGGGUUGUACGCGGCACCAAGGGGCAACCCCCCAGGUCUCAUCGCCGACCUCGACCUAUGAACAACCGGGCCCCCCCUUGGAUUAUCCGCUAA